AUGGUUCUCUCCAAGCCUGAAGAUGCGCCUGUCCAGAAGCUUUUCGAUUUGACAGGUAAAGUCGUUGCAAUCACUGGCGGUGGUCGAGGAAUUGGCUUGGCUGUGGCUACUGCGUACGCUGAAGCUGGGGCCAAAGUUGCCCUUCUAUAUCGCACAACGACAACCACUCCCAAGGCUGCGGAAGAGCUCGCUUCUCAAUACCAGACCCAAGCUCGCGCCUACCAGGCCGAUGUCACUAAGCCCAAGGAAAUCUCGAUGGCCAUUAACAAGGUCGUCGAGGACUUUGGUAAAUUGGAUGUGAUUGUGGCCAAUGCGGGUAUCUGCUCUGAACAUGCAGGAGAGGAGUACACUUCGGCGGAAUUCCAGGAGAUUAUGGAGGUCAAUGUCAACGGUGCUUUCCACACUGCGCAAGCUGCUGCAAGGAUCUUCAAGCAACAGGGCUAUGGCAACGUGGUCUUUACAGCCUCUGUCAGUGCACUUCUAGUGAAUACACCCCAACGACAGGCUGCGUACAAUGCAUCCAAGGCAGGUGUUUUGCAGCUGGCGAAGUCACUUGCCGUCGAGUGGGUAGACUUUUGCCGGGUAAACUCCGUUUCUCCCGGCUACAUACAAACUCAGAUCAUGGAAUACGCGUCUAAAGAGAUGCUCGACAAAUGGCUAGGUCAAAUUCCUGCACGGCGAUUUGCAUCUCCUUAUGAGCUAAAGGGGGCUUACCUCUUUUGCGCGUCGGAUGCUUCUAGUUAUAUGACUGGAUCAAAUCUGGUUAUCGAUGGCGGAUUUACUCUACCUUGA